CUGGUGUUCUCCGAUUGGUCAGUCAAACCUCACUUCCUGAGGCAGAGUCCCGUAUGUUUUCAAACGGAGAUCUGUCGGAGCUGGAUGGUCAUCUCGCGGCUUCCCAAAAAGAUUUAGGUCCACUAUGUCCAAUGAAGACUUAAUUUCAGUGGAUUAUGAAAUUUUUGGAAGAGUGCAGGGUGUAUUUUUUCGGAAAUACACUCAAGCAGAGGGGAAGAAGCUUGGCCUGGUUGGGUGGGUCCAAAACACAGGCGCAGGAACUGUUCAGGGACAGCUACAAGGACCACACAGCAAGGUGAAAGAAAUGCAAGAAUGGCUGAAAUCCACUGGGAGCCCCAAGUCACAAAUAACUAAGGCGGACUUCAAGAAUGAGAAAAUAGUUGACAGCCUAGAACACUCAUCUUUUAACAUUGUAAAAUAAAAUAAUCCAUAGAUUGUGCAUGUAAUAUUAACUUAAAAGCAGAUGUGGUAUUUAUUUAGUCUUUUUAUUGGUUAUAAUGUGGCUCAUAUAAUGAGUUGAAAAUAUGUUUGUAUGUUAGGUCUCCUUAACAUCUACAAUAUAUGGAAUUACAAUGGAUAAAUGGGAAUAAUAAAUGGAAAGUUCCUUUCA